AUGCUGGCCGUGCUGGGCUCCCUGGCUGCUGCCCUCUGGGCAGGGCUCCAUCUCCGGACCCUCCUGCUGGGCGCCUUCGUCUUUCUGUUCUUUGUUGAUUUCCUCAAAAGACGCCGCCCAAAAAACUACCCUCCUGGUCCCCCGAACCUACCUUUCUUUGGCAAUUUCUUUCAACUGGACUUUCAACAGCCGCAGCAGGCCUUUCAGAGGCUUGUCAACAAAUAUGGAAACAUAUUCAGCAUGGAAAUUGGGCCUUUUCAUUGUGUAAUUGUAACUGGAUUGCCCUUAAUCAAAGAAGUCCUUUCAAACCCAGACCACGGCGUUGUGAAUCGGCCUAUUAUACCUCUCCAAGAGCGUGUCUUUAAGAAAAAUGGAUUGGUCAUGUCCAAUGGCCAGGAGUGGAAGGAGCAAAGAAGGUUUGCCCUGAUGACUCUUAAGAACUUUGGUUUAGGAAAGAAGAGCUUAGAAGAACGCAUUCAGGAGGAGGCCCACUACCUUGUCGAGGCAAUACAGGAGGAGGAAGGACAGCCUUUUGACACUCACUUCAAGAUCAACAAUGCAGUUUCCAAUAUCAUUUGCUCCAUUACCUUUGGGGAACGAUUUGAGUAUGGAGAUGCCCAGUUUCAGGAACUGCUGAGGUUGCUGGAUGAAAUCCUACAUCUGCAAGCUGGAGUGUCCUGCCACUUCUACAACAUCAUUCCAUCAAUAAUGAACUUCCUUCCUGGAUCUCACCAAACAGUCAUUAAAAACUGGGAUAAAUUGAAACUGUUUGUUUCUCGCGUGAUUGACGACCACAAGAAAGACUGGAAUCCUGAUGAGCCUAGAGACUUCAUCGAUGCUUACCUCACGGAAAUGACGAAGUACACAGACAACACUAACUCAAGUUUCCAUGAAGAAAACCUUGUUUGCAGCACUUUAGAUCUGUUCUUGGCUGGAACCGAGACAACUUCUACAACUCUGCGCUGGGCUUUGCUUUACAUGGCACUGAACCCAGAAAUUCAAGAGAAAGUACAAGCUGAAAUCGACAAAGUACUUGGCCAGUCCCAGCAACCCAGCAUGGCCAACAGAGACCAAAUGCCCUACACUAAUGCUGUCAUCCAUGAGGUGCAAAGAAUGGGCAACAUUGUCCCCAUGAACCUGCCCAGAGAAGUGGCAUUUGAUACCACUGUGGCUGGAUACUACCUGCCAAAGGGGACUACAAUCAUAACCAAUCUGACUGCACUGCACAGGGACCCCAAGGAGUGGGCCACCCCUGACACCUUCAAUCCAGAGCACUUCCUGGAGAAUGGACAGUUUAAGAAAAGGGAAGCCUUUCUACCAUUUUCAAUAGGAAAACGGGUUUGCCUCGGAGAGCAGCUGGCCAGGGUUGAGUUGUUUAUUUUCUUCACUUCUCUUUUGCAAAAAUUCACCUUCAAGCCCCCAGCCAGUGAGAAGCUGAGCCUGGAUUUCAGACUAGGCAUCAUCUUCUCGCCUGUCAGUCAUCGCAUCUGUGCUGUUCCUCGGGUGUGA